AUGGACUCGUACCAGACCCCCCUCUCUUCGCGCUAUGCGUCCAAGGAGAUGUCCAAGCUCUUCUCCAACGCCACCCGCUUCGGCACCUGGCGCAAGCUCUGGCUCAACCUUGCCAUUGCUGAGAAGGAGCUCGGCCUCCCCAUCUCGGACGAGGCCAUUGAGCAGAUGAAGGCUCACCUCGACCUCGACGAGGCCCAGAUGAAGGUCGCUGCCGAGGAGGAGAAGAAGCGCCGCCACGACGUUAUGGCCCACGUCCACACCUUUGGCACCGUCGCCCCCGCCGCUGCCGGUAUCAUCCACCUCGGUGCCACCUCGUGCUACGUUACCGACAACGCCGACCUCAUCUUCCUCCGUGACGGUCUCGACAUUCUCAUCCCCAAGCUCGCCGUCGUCAUCUCGCGUCUCUCGGCCUUUGCCAAGCAGUACCGUGACCUCCCGACGCUCGGCUUCACCCACUUCCAGCCCGCCCAGCUGACGACUGUCGGCAAGCGCGCGACCCUCUGGAUCCAGGAGCUCCUCUGGGACCUGCGCAACCUCGAGCGCGCGCGCAACGACCUCGGCUUCCGCGGCGUCAAGGGCACCACCGGCACCCAGGGCUCGUUCCUCCAGCUCUUUGACGGCGACCACGAGAAGGUCAAGGCCCUCGACAAGCGCGUCACCGAGCUCUUUGGCUUCCCCUACGCCUACCCCGUCACUGGUCAGACCUACUCGCGCAAGAUUGACGCCGACGUCCUCGCGCCCCUCGCCUCGUUCGGUGCUUCCAUCCACAAGAUGGCCACCGACAUCCGUCUCCUCGCCAACCUCAAGGAGGUCGAGGAGCCCUUCGAGAAGGACCAGAUCGGCUCGUCGGCCAUGGCCUACAAGCGCAACCCCAUGCGCUCGGAGCGUGCCUGCUCGCUUGCGCGCCACCUGUUCGCCAUCUACCAGAACACUCUGAUGACCUCGUCGGUUCAGUGGUUUGAGCGUACCCUCGACGACUCGGCCAACCGCCGCGUCACCCUCCCCGAGGCGUUCCUCACUGCCGACAUCCUCCUCACCACCAUGCAGAACAUCACCGAGGGCCUCGUCGUCUACCCCAAGGUUAUCCGCCGCAGGAUCAACCAGGAGCUCCCCUUCAUGGCCACCGAGAACAUCAUCAUGGCCAUUGUCAAGGCCGGCGGUGACCGCCAGGAGUGCCACGAGAAGAUCCGUGUCCUCUCGCACCAGGCCGGUGCCGUCGUCAAGGAGCAGGGCGGUGACAACGACCUUAUCGAGCGCGUCAAGAAGGACGACUACUUCAAGCCCAUCUGGGGCCAGCUCGACACCCUCCUCGACCCCUCGACCUUUGUCGGCCGUGCCCCUGAGCAGGUCGACGAGUUCAUCGCCGAGUGGGUUGAGCCCGCCCUCAAGCCUUACGCCGAGGCCCUCAAGAACGUCAAGGCUGCCGAGCUUUCGGUUUAA